AUGAAUAAAGAAUUGCUCUGUAACCAAGACGAACCAUCUAGCUCAGUGCAUUCAAAAAAAUCACCAGAUGAACCAAAUUCAGAACCCAAGCCUAAGCGGAUGCGUGCCAGCGAGCAGAUUUCCAAAAAAUCCUUUAUUUUGGCACAUACCACUUCGGAAUGUAACGAUGGUGCUUCGAUGAUAAAGUGCAUACUGGAACUCAAUUGCAAAUAUAUGCAAAAAGUUUUUCGUCAGCAAAAUUUCGAGAGGCAUUUCAAAGCAGCCCAUCCGCUACAAUAUGCCAAGCUAAAUUUAGGUGUAAAUACGAUCGAUAAAAACGAAUUCUUUCCGUUAUCUGAAAAAGUAAUUAUAAAGACAUCGAAACAGCAAAUGGUCGGAGGGGCAGUCAAACUCGUUACGCAACACGGUUUACCAUUCGCUACCAUGGAAUGGGAGGGUUUCCGCGAUAUUGCUGAACCAAUACUAGAUGCGUACAAUAUUAAAGUGAAUCGACACAACAUAGUUGACUUCGUCGGAAGUGCUGCCAAAGGAAUCGACAAAAUCAUAAAGGAGGAAUUACGAGGAUCUAUGAUUGCGAUUAAAAUGGAUAUUGUGACAAAAAUGUAUCGGAGCAUGCUUGGCGUGAAUUGCCAAUACAUAAACAAUGUCGGCGAAGUUGUGAAGCGAACGUUGGCGAUUGUUGAAUUACAUGACCGCCAUACCAGCAACGUUCUUAAGAACGAAUUUCUUAAGGUCUUGGAUGGCUAUGAUAUACAGCUUUCUCAAGUCAUAUCGGUCACUGUUGACAACGCAAGCAACAUGUUGAAGUUUGGCAAAAUUUUAAACCAAGAGCCCGAAGCUGAACAUUGGUAUGAAGUCGAGGCCGGUAUUAUAGACCCUGACGAUGAUGAUUCCAAUGAUUUAGAUUUGACAGAAUGGGUUAAAGCAUUAGAGGAGACCGUAAACGAUAGUUACAUAGUUAUUACACGCUGCGGAGCUCAUACCGUACAGCUUAUUGUACACGAUGCAUGUAAGCCUCACAGCGACGACCUAAAGCAAAUUAGAAAAGUGGUCAAACGUUUUCGCUCUGCGGAGUACAAACAUUUCUUUGAAGCAAAUAAGGAAAUUGGGUAUCCGUCUCUGCCAAACGAGACAAGAUGGUUUUCAGACUAUCGAUCGAUGGCCUCCCUCGUUAAAGGAAAAAAGUUUUUCUCCAAUUUAGGAAAACAGUAUCAGGAGUUAGAUCUGUCGAUGAGCUGGGAGUUUGUCGACUCGUAUGUGGAAGCUUUCAAACCACUUUAUGAUUGCACGGUUUCCAUUCAGAAACUUGGAUUGACAUUGCCUGAUUUCUUCAUGGAAUGGAUUCGUGCUUACGGCCGCAUUACUGAAGUUCAGGAUAACAAUCGGUUCAAACAAGAGAUUGUAGCAUCAAUGGAAUCAAGACAAAAAUUACUAUUCGCAAAUGCGGCAUUUAGAGCAGCUUUAUUUUUUGAUCCAAGAAUAAAUUUCAAUGGAUCUAGCUUGUUUUCGGUCACACAAAAAGAUGAAAUUAUUGAAUAUUUAAUGCGUCUUAACUCCCGUUUAGUGAGAGAAGAGAGUGAUGUAUUUACAAGCCCUUGCAGUUCCAAAGACUCCGUAACACCAACGGGACACUUCAGCCUUAAUAAAUAUUUAUCUCGAACGAUAGGCGGACAGGAGCCACAAGCACCGAACCAAGUUUCAUUUGAAGCGAUACUUCGCGCGAUCGCAUACCAGGAGCGAAUUGAUGCAGAUGUGAACUUCAAUCUGAUUCAACAUUGGAUCCCGCAGUUGUAUCGAAACGAAAAGUUAUGGAGAAUUGUUAAAACAUUAUUGACAAUUGCACCUACGCAAUGUUCUAUUGAGAGGGAUUUCAGCUCAUUCAAUAACAUUUUCACUAAAUCAAGAAAUUCACUAGACUCACGUGGCUUGCAGAAUAUAAUGAAGGUGAAAACCAAUAAAAACUUACCAAAGCCUUAUCUAGUUCACAUCGAAGAAAGUGAAGAAGGUGAAGAAAGUGAAGAGAGUGAAGAAAGUGUAGAAAGUGAGGAAAGUAAGGAAACUGAGAAAAGUGAGGAAAGUGAAGAAAGUGAAGAAAAUGAAGUAAGUGAAGAAAGUGAAGAGAGUGAAGAAAGUGAAGAAAGUGAAGAAUGUGAAGAAAGUGAAGAAAGUGAAGAAAGUGAAGAAAGUGAAGAAAGUGAAGAAAGUGAAGAAAGUGAAGAAAGUGAAGAAAGUGAAGAAAGUGAAGAAUGUGAAGAAUGUGAAGAAAGUGAAGAAAGUGAAGAAAGUGAAGAAAGUAAAGAAAGUGUAGAAAGCGAAGAAAGUGAAGAAAGUGAAGAAAUUGAAGAAAGUGAAGAAAGAGAAGAAAGUGAAGAAAGUGAAGAAAGUGAAGAAGGUGAAGAAGGUGAAGAAAGUGAGGAGAAUGUGAAGAAAGUGGAGAAAGUGAAGAAAGUGAAGAAAGUGAAGAAAGUGAAGAAAGUGAAGAAAGUGAAGAAAGUGAAGAAAGUGAAGAAAGUGAAGAAAGUGAAGAAAGUGAAGAAAGUGAAGAAAGUAAAGAAGGUGAAGAAAGUGAAGAAAGUGAAGAAAGUGAAGAAAGUGAAGAAAGUGAAGAAAGUGAAGAAAGUGAAGAAAGUGAAGAAAGUGAAGAAAGUGAAGAAAGUGAAGGAAUUGAAGGAAGUGAAGAAAGUGAAGAAAGUGAGGAAAGUGAGGAAAGUGAAGAAAGUGAAGAAAUUGAAAGAAGUGAAGAAAGCGAAGAAAAUGAAGAAAGUGAAGAUAUUGAAGAAAGUGAAGAAAGUGAAGAAACACCAGAAACCGAACCUAAUAUCUCUGGAAGAAGAGCAAGUGCAGCGUCGCAUUUCGCUUCACGAUGUAAGGGAAAGGAAAAUGUCGGAUUAUGAAAUUAGUGAUUAA